GUAACUGACAGUAUCUAUCUAUCUAUCCAUCUCUAAUUCAUAGAGAGGGAAAAAGAAAAAGAAAAAAAAAGAAAGAGGAAGUUGUAGAGAGAGAUUGUUGUUGAUUCCAGCUCAUGGGUACCCAGGAGGAUGAGAGAUUAGAGGAGAGAUUGCUCUUGGAAGAUGGAUUUCCACAGAAUGAAAGGAGUGGACUAUACACUGGAAAUGGUUCAGUUGACAUUAAAGGAAAACCUGUGUUGAAGAGCAACACUGGAAAUUGGAGGGCAUGCUUCUUCAUUCUUGGUAAUGAAUGUUGUGAACGUUUAGCUUACUAUGGGAUUGCUACUAACCUUGUCAACUAUCUCACUGAAACAAUGCAUGAAGGAAAUGUCUCUGCUGCAAGAAAUGCUUCCAAUUGGGCAGGCACUUGUUUCCUAACACCCCUUAUCGGAGCUUAUUUGGCAGAUGCAUAUUGGGGAAGAUAUUGGACAAUUGUUGCUUUCUCCAUAAUUUAUUUUAUGGGAAUGUGCGUAAUGACUCUAUCAGCCACAGUUCCUGUGCUUAAGCCAGCUGAAUGUGUUGGUUCCAUAUGCCCUUCAGCUACUCCUGCGCAGUAUAUGUUAUUCUAUUCGGGGUUGUAUCUGAUUGCACUAGGAACUGGCGGGAUCAAACCAUGUGUUUCUUCAUUUGGGGCGGAUCAAUUUGACAAUACUGAUCCUAAAGAGAGGGAAAAGAAGGGAUCUUUCUUUAAUUGGUUUUAUUUUUCUAUUGAUAUAGGUGCUCUUGUAUCUGGCAGUGUAAUUGUGUGGAUUCAAGAAAAUAUUGGGUGGGGCUUGGGUUUUGGCAUCUCUGCAUUGUUUAUGGGCAUUGCCGUUGCAAAUUUCUUUUCAGGCACUCCUCUGUAUAGAUUUCAGAACCCAGGGGGAAGUCCUCUUACAAGAGUUUGCCAAGUUUUGGUUGCAUCAUUGCUCAAGUGGAAUUUAAAGGUCCCUACGGACAGUAGUCUCCUGUAUGAAACACGAGACAAAAUCACAGUAAUUGAAGGAAGGAGGAAACUGGACCAUACUGAUGAUCUGACGUGCCUUGACAAAGCUGCAGUAAUCUCAGAUGCUGAGAACAAAAAUGGGGAUUUCUCCGACCCGUGGAGGCUUUGCACCAUAACACAGGUGGAGGAACUGAAAAUAUUGAUCCGCAUGUUUCCAAUUUGGGCUACUGGAAUUGUCAUUUGUGCUGUUUAUGCACAAAUGUGUACAAUGUUUGUUGAGCAAGGGAUGAUGAUGGACAGGACCAUUGGUUCCUUCUCCAUUCCUGCAGCCUCUCUUUCCACAAUUGAUGUCAUCAGCGUUAUGUUCUGGAUCCCUGUCUAUGAUAGGGUCCUUGUCCCAAUUGUGAGGAAAUUUACUGGCAGGGAGAAAGGCUUUUCAAUGUUACAGCGGAUGGGAAUUGGCCUCUUUAUUUCAGUACUAAGCAUGGUUGCUGCUGCUUUGGUGGAGAUGAAGAGGUUGGCGCUUGCGAAAGACCUUGGUUUGGUUGAUGAAGAUGUUCCCAUACCACUUAGUAUCUCAUGGCAAAUACCUCAGUACUUCUUGUUUGGGGCUGCAGAAGUAUUUACAUUCAUCGGACAGCUUGAGUUCUUUUAUGACGAGUCACCAGAUGGCAUGCGUAGCUUGUGUACAGCAUUUUCCCUUUUGACGACUUGCUUGGGAAAUUACUUGAUCUCUUUUAUUCUUAGUGUAGUGACAUCUAUAACAACUGCAGGCGGGAAGGCUGGAUGGAUACCAGAUAACUUGAAUGAGGGCCAUCUCGAUUAUUUCUUCUGGCUUUUUGCUGGACUCAGCUUCUUUAACUUGGUGGUUUAUGUCUUCUGCACCAAAAUGUAUAUACCAAAAAAGGCUUUUUAAAUUUUUUCCCAUUACAAGUGUUGGAAAUAUGAUCAGUGUAUGAUUCUGGAAUUUCAUAUUUCCAUCCAAGUUCCAAGAAGGUAUUUGUAACAUAACUGUUGUAAAAAAUUCAUUUGUCUGGGACUACAAUGAAUUUACAUUUACAUGCUGUCAAAUUUCUCAAGUAA